ACCCUUUCAAUCACAGAACGUCGGUGGCGAUCCCGCACAUACUAAACACCAGGUAACACGUGUCGCUCUGCGAACGACGAUGCUGUAAAGGCACAGGCUAAGCGCGAAGCACCUGAUAGGUCCUCCAGAGCGCCAACAACACACGAGAGGAGAACCCUCUCCCAUGGUCCUUUCUGAAAAUUCCUCCGCAAUCUUCCUCAAUUUCUCCGUCAAUCCCAAUAUGGUUUCUCUCACACGCUAGGGUUUUACACUCACCCUCGCGCCCCAAAAAUCGCCCAAAAAACCUAACCCAAUUUCGCUUUCUAGGGUUUCACCAACCACCAUGGGCGAGUGGCAGUCCCUCCUCCAAUCAAUUUUCGUCGGUCUCAUUUUCUCUUACCUUCUCGCCAAGCUCAUCUCCAUCGUCGUCUCGUUCAAAGACGACAACCUCACCGUCACGCGCGCAGCCACCGCCCAGCGCGCGGAACCCGAGGUUGUCGCCGCCAAGCAUGACGACGCCGCCUCCGAUGCCGCCGCCGCUGCGCGCCACGAGGAGGAGUCCGUGGUUGCCGAGCACGGCAGCGUGAGGAACGAAAGCGACGCCGAGUACGACGACGAUUGGGAAGGCGUGGAGAGCACCGAAUUGGACGAGGCGUUCAGCGCCGCGACGGCGUUCGUGGCCGCCGCCGCCGCCGAUCGCCUCUCGCAGAAGGUUUCCAGCGACGUUCAGCUUCAGCUUUAUGGGUUGUACAAGAUUGCCACCGAAGGUCCCUGCAGCACGCCUCAGCCUUCGCCCCUCAAAAUGACCGCACGUGCCAAAUGGCAAGCAUGGCAGAAGUUGGGUGCUAUGCCUCCUGAAGAUGCAAUGCAGAAGUACAUUGAUAUUGUGACGGAGCUAUAUCCUACAUGGCUCGAUGGUUCAUCGUUGAGGAGUAAAAGUGGCGAUGGUGGCUCUGGUUCAGACGCUAAGGGACCAAUGGGCCCAGUAUUCAGCACUUAUGUUUAUGAAGAGGAAUAUGGCGGUGACUCGCAAAUGGAAGCCAUUCAUGGAUUUGCCAGAGAAGGAGAUAUGGAUAAUCUGCUCAAGUGUAUCGAAAAUGGUGUUUCAGUAAAUUUAAAAGACAGUGAGGGCCGGACACCAUUACACUGGGCUGUGGAUCGUGGCCACCUUAAUGUCACGGAGUUGCUUGUUGGCAGAAAUUCUGAUGUGAAUGCCAAGGAUAAUGAUGGACAAACUCCCUUGCAUUACGCUGUUACGUGCGAGAGGGAAGCCAUAGCUGAGUAUUUAGUGAAGCAUAAUGCAGACAUAUAUUCAAAAGAUAAUGAUGGUAGUUCCCCGCGUGACAUUUGUGAGCCAAACUGGCCAUGUAUGCAGCAUGUGGGGGAAGUAAAUUAAUUUUUUGUGUUGGCUUGAUGUUGAUGCUGCCCUUUUACUCAAAUCCCUUCAGGAUGUACGUGUCUAUAGAACUUAAUUUUUUUUUGUUCUUACUCAUGGUGUAUACACCCUUUUCAGUCUAGUGUACGCCUAUGCACCGUUUAGGUAAUGGUUAAUCAAAGUGUAUUCUGUUUCAUUAUUAUUUCCUCUCCUCAUUGCUUGACAUUUAUUUAUGGAUACACGGAUAUAGACGGAAA